AUGCUGGGGGCCCCCCGGAGGGUACAGGCCUUCUUUCUUUGUCUCUGCGUGCUCAUAUCGCCUCUAGGGGCCCCCUGUAUUGUUAGCUCGCUGAGGGGGCCCCCAUCAGGGGCCCCCUGGGGGCCCCCAAGGGCCUCCUGUCUAUCGUUCCUUCACAAGGCAACGCUGCAGCCCCCCGUACCCCCUCCGUUAUGCAUUGCAGGGGGCCCCCGCCUCUCCCUCUCCCCCCCUUGCUUUGCCUAUAAGAAUGAAGAAGGGGCAGCGCAGAGAUCUGGGGCCUCGGGGGGGGGCCCCAAGCCCCCGUUGGGGGCCCCUAGGGCGAUAGAGACUGGGUACACAACCCCAGAGCAGAGGAGACAAACACCUUUUUAUAAGUGGAGACAAGAAAACAACAGGGAUGCCUUUCAGGGGCCCCCUCGAGGGACUGUCAGCACGGGCCCCUGGCCUAGGGCUGGCGAUGAGGGGCCCCCCGGGGCCCCGGGGGGGCCCCCGGGGCCCCAGAAGAGGAAGGGGGCCCCCACCCGUCAGGGGCCCCACAGAGAGGCUUCAGUUGCGCCGGGGCUGCAUGCACAGGGGCCCCCUUCUUCUGGAAGGGUACAGACUGCUUCACAUACAACCAGGGGGGCCCCUGCUUCUUCCUUCUAUCAUCAAGCGGGGGGCCCCCAAGGUACCUUAGGGCCGCCUGAACCCUUUCUGGACCGCAUGAGGCCCCCUUUAACAGCACCAGCAGCAGAAGCAGCAGCAGCAGCAGCAGCAGCAGCAGCGCCAGGUUCUCUGGCUACACCAGCAACAACGCCAUCAGCAGCAUCAACAUCAUCAUCAUCAUCAGCAGCAGCAGCAGCAGCAGCAACGCAUCUAUCCCCGCAGCAUAGAGGUGCAUGGGGGGCCCCUCCAAUUUCCGGGUAUUCUUUGCCUGGCCAUUCUCCCCAUUUUGAACCCCCUAGGGAGGUGGGGGCCCCCCUGGGGGCCCCCCCAAGGGGGGCCCCCACUGGGGCCCAUAGAGGGGCCCCCGGGGCCCCCUGGCCUGUAAGCUCGGGGCCGCAGCUGCGAGAGGGCCUCUCCGUGCCUGGCGCAUGCAUUAGGGUUUGGAGUCGGUACGCCAUGCUGCAGCUGCUGCCUUCUGAUAUAGGGGGCCCCCAGGGGCCCCCAGGGCCCCCCGGGGGGCCCCCCAAGAUAUUUGGGUUUCUUCAUAUAUCGGGCCUCAGGAGGAAUGGGCAACCUCUCUCUCCGGCGGAGCUGAGAGCCCUUGACCUCACAACAAUAUUACCUGUGGGGGCCUCCCGCACCGUGGAGCUUCUCAAGGCGCCUACAGCCGCCACCUCCAACCGAUGGCAGCUAGCUCUGCAUCUGACCCAAAGUGACCAGGGGCCCCCUGGGGGCCCCCUGCUGUCUAGGGGCCCCCAGUCGUCUGGGGGCCCCCAGCUGUCUAGGGUCUUCCCCCCAGAAGUGUCUACAGGACGGCGUGAGAAAGCCACUGCAGAUGGGGUUGGGGGGGGCCCCUGGGGGGCCCCCGGGGGGCCCCUCCACGGGUUUUUUGACGCUGCUGCGUCUGCUGAAGAAGAGUACCCUUUGAGGGGGCCCCUGGAUAGCGACAGCCACCAGGGGCCCCUUGAUUCUGCCGGAGAUGAGGGUGGGGUUGUUGUACUUGAGGGGCUUGAAGGGGUUGGUAGACGGCGGCUGCAGCAGCAGCAGCAGCAGCAGCAGCGCUCCCAAGGACGAGGAGGUAGGGGCCCCCGUAGCCGUCGGGGGGCCCCCAGCCGAUUGGGUACAAGAGAGAGAGAAAGGGAGACAGGAGAAUUUCUGUUUAGUGAGGAGACAGAUGCUGAUGAUUUGGCUUCGCUAGGCUUCUUAGGGGAUAUGGGGGGGCCCCUAGACAGCAGCAACAGCAGCAGCAGCAGCAGCAGCAGCAGCAGCAGCAGUAUCAUAACAGACCCAGACAAACACUGGGGCCCCACAGCUCAGGAUGACUUUGCUGCAGCAACAGCAGCAACAACAGCAACAGCAGCAACUGCAGCAGAAACAAACACAGAAACAACGGGUAAAACACCACCUGCUGCUGCUGCUGCAGCUGCAAGGGCCUCUCAUGCUGACUCCUUGGGGGCCCCUAAAGGGGCACAUGUUUCAACUCAGGGGGCCCCGCAGCGUCGAGAGGGGGCCCCCAAGGGGGGCCCCCCACGUCAAGGUGGGGCCCCCAAGGGGGGCCCCCCCCGUCAAACUGGGGCCCCCAAGGGGGGCCCCCCACCUGCAGAGGAGCUGCAGCCUCGCGCUGCUGUCGUAGCAGUGCUAGGGCACGUAGACCACGGCAAGACAACCCUGUUGGGGGCCCUCCGCCUUAUAAGCAAACAACAAGAGGGGGCCCCUGGGGCCCCUGGGGGCCCCCCUGGUAACAGCCAGGGUACUAGGGGGGCCCCUAGAUGCAUCGGGGGGGCCCCCUAUAUAGAAAAGGAGGCAGGGGGUAUCACCCAACGUAUUGGCUGCUUUCAGGUGUAUCUACCUGCGUCGGUGUCUGCAUCUGUCCCCAGCGUUACCUUCUUAGAUACACCUGGCCAUGGGGCUUUCUCUUGCAUGCGUUUGAGAGCAGCAAAAGCAGCAGAUGUUGUGCUGCUGGUUGUGGCUGCGAAUGAAGGACUGCAGCAAGAGACUAGACACUGUAUUCAGGCAUGCAAGGAUCUAUCUCUGCCGAUUGUUGUCGUCAUAACAAAGACAGAUUUAGUUGGGGGCCCCCCUAAGGGGGUCCCCCACGGUGGGGGCCCCCCUGGGGUUUCACUAGGGGGCCCCCCAAAGGGUAAGGACUUUCUGUCUGGGGCCUCAGGCGCGCGAGUGUUAUCGGACUUGGCUGCUGAGGGUUUACUAACGGAGCCAUUGGGGGGCCCCGUGCAGGUGGUUGCUGUGAAUGCAAAAGGGUACCUGGAGUGUUUUGGGGGCCCCCCAGUGGGGGGCCCAGGGGGCCCCCAAGAGGGGCCCCCAGGGGGCCCUGAUGACCCCUACGGCAUGCAGCAGCUGCUCGAAUGUAUAGCCUUGCAGGCAGAGGAGAUGGGCCUCAGGGCCUCUCCUUAUACACAGGGACGGGGCCUCGUGCUGGAGACAAGCUGCAGCAAAGCAGCAGGCGGCAGUGCAAUCGUUUUAAUAAAGGAAGGAACCAUCAGGGUAGGAGACUGGGUGGUGGGGGGCCCCACAAUAUGCCGUGUGCGGAGCUUGCGGUGGCCCGAGGUACUGCCUGGGCGCGUAGGGGGCCCCCAGGGGGCCCCCAAGGGGGCCGCCAGGGGGGCCCCCGGGGGGCCCCCUGAUGGCACGCUUCGUGCUGCUGCUGCCUCGCAAGCAGCAGAAGUUUUUGGGUUUGCUGCGGAUGCUCUGCCCCCUUUGGGGGAGGAGAUAAAGGUGGUGGCGUCUGAGGCAGAGGCAAAGAGAGAGAGGGAGCGCCGCCUCAAGGAUCUGAGCAUAUCAGGUGCAGCAGCAGCAGCAGCAGCUUCUCGAGAGCGGGUGCUGGCUGCACUGCAAAAGGACCAGUCCCUGGAGGAGUCUAUAUUACCUGUAACGAUCCGUGCGGGGGCCCAGGGCCCUGCUGCUGCAGUUGCUGCUGCUCUUGAUGGUCUUGCUGCCUAUCGUACCUCUCCUGGGGGCCCCUGGCAGUUAAGCCUCUCCAACGCUCCCUGUGCAGCGGGGCCCCCCGCAGGGGCCCCGGUCGGGGGCCCCCCAGGGGGGCCCCCAGGGGGCCCCCAAGUGGGGCCUCCUCAGGGGGGGCCCCUAGGGGGCCCCCCAGGAGGAGACAGGUGUUCAGGUGUUGGUGAAGGAGACAGCUCAAUGCAGCCGAAAGAAAGGAGACAGCAAGCAGCAGAAGCAGCGGGGGUCCAGCUGGUAGAAUGUAACGUCAUCUAUGACGCUCUGCAUGCAGUGCAGCAGCGGCUGCUGUCUCCGCAGCUCUUUGGGGCCCCGGGGGCCCCCGGGGGCCCCGGGGGCCCUGGGGGCCCCGGGGGCCCCGAGGGGGUACAGAGCCUUCGUGGGGCCCAGGCAUCUGUAAAGCAGCUGUUCCCCCUCUCAAACGCCGCUCGCAUUGUCUCCUUGCGGGUGGGGAAAGACCCCAAAGAAAGUGUCUCCGCUCCAGCAGAAUGUGGGGUUUUGGUCGACUCCUUCAAGGACUGGCAUCUAGGAGAUGUACUCACCGUCACAGGGGGGCCCCCAGGGGCCCCCAACUGA